AUGGGGCACAACACCGAGGAUUGCGUAACACUAAAGGACAAGAUCGAAGAAAUGAUCAGGGCUGGACUUUUACAGCAGUAUGUCAAAGGCCACCGACCAGCGGAAGAUCGGACGGAGGGCGAAAAAAGGGGGUAUGUGAGACAAAGUUAUCCACGCGGGGGAGAGAAGAGAGCAUACACCAGAAGUCCUCCUCGGUCGGAGAGGAAUCAACGAUCCUCCGGCUGUUACAAUGGGCGGAACCCCGGAAACCGGAGGGAAGAAGGAAGAAGAUCGCGCAGCAGGAGCCAGGAGAGGGACCGCAGUCGGCCGUUGAGGGGAGUGAUAAAUACCAUCUCGGGGGGAUUCGCGGGCGGAGGACAAUCUUCGUCCGCUCGAAAACGAAGUAUCAGAACACUGCGGUCCAUCCACGCAGUAGAGGUCCCUAAAAGAACCAUGCUCCCCAUCACCUUCACCGAUGAAGAUUUCCACGCCCCCGACCCCGAACAAGACGACCCCAUGGUCAUCACCGUAGAGAUAGCGCGAUAUGAAGUAAGCAAGGUACUGGUUGACCAAGGUAGCUCGGUGAACAUCCUCUACUGGAAGACUUUCCAGCAGAUGGAUAUCUCGGAAGACCUCAUCGUCCCGUUCGGUGAGCAGUUGGUGGGAUUCGCCGGAGAAAGGGUUGACACCUGA